CCGUACACACACACACACACACACGCCUAGCUAGCUAGCUGGAGAGAAGUUGUAUGUGUAUGUGUGUGUGUGUGUGAGUGUGCGCGUGUGUGUGACAAGCAGGCAGUGUAGAAUAAGUCUGAUCCGAGGAUGGAUGCAAUACCGCGCUGUCUGCUGUUUCUGGUCCUGCUGUUCGGGACGCGGAUCGGCGGGUCUGAAGCCUUACAAUGUUACUGUCACCGCUGCCCCAACUCCACCUGCACCACGAACGGCCUGUGCUACGUGUCCAUAACCAAGUCUGGGAGUGUGACGAAGCAGGAGAGCUUUUGCCUCACUGAGGAUGAUCUGAUCCCACCCGAUCGCCCCUUCGUCUGCGCCCCGUCCACCAAGGACGACUCGGGCAUCUACCCCAUGUGCUGCAACUUGGACUGGUGCAACAAGAACCCCGACCCCAGCAUAUUUCCAGUGCCAACAACGAAGACUCCCUCUCUGGGUCCAGUCGCUCUGGCGGCCGUGAUCGCCGGACCCGUGUGUGUGCUCUGCUUCGUGUUGGUCACUAUCUUCUACAUCUGCCACAGCCGCUCGGUCAUACACCACCGUGUGCCUAAUGAAGAGGACCCCUCCAUGGACCACCCCUUCAUCACAGUGGGAACCACACUCAAAGACCUCAUCUACGACAUGACCACGUCUGGAUCGGGUUCUGGUCUUCCCUUGCUGGUGCAGAGGACCAUUGCCAGAACCAUCAUCUUGCAGGAGAGCAUUGGAAAGGGCCGGUUCGGGGAGGUGUGGCGGGGGAAGUGGAGAGGAGAAGAAGUAGCAGUGAAGAUCUUCUCCUCUCGUGAGGAGCGCUCCUGGUUCCGCGAGGCCGAGAUCUACCAGACAGUCAUGCUCCGCCACGAGAACAUCCUGGGAUUCAUCGCCGCCGACAACAAAGAUAAUGGAACCUGGACCCAGCUGUGGCUGGUGUCGGACUACCAUGAGCACGGCUCCCUGUUUGAUUACCUGAACAGGUACACAGUGACGGUGGAGGGCAUGAUCAAGCUGUCUCUGUCCACCGCCAGCGGCCUGGCCCACCUGCACAUGGAGAUCGUAGGAACACAAGGCAAGCCGGCUAUCGCUCACAGGGAUCUGAAAUCCAAGAACAUCUUAGUGAAGAAGAACGGAACUUGCUGCAUCGCAGACCUCGGCUUGGCUGUGCGCCAUGACUCGGCCACAGACACUAUUGACAUCGCCCCCAACCACCGAGUGGGCACCAAAAGGUAUAUGGCCCCAGAGGUACUUGAUGAUUCAAUAAAUAUGAAGCAUUUCGAGUCCUUCAAGAGAGCAGACAUCUACGCCAUGGGCUUGGUCUUCUGGGAAAUCGCAAGCAGAUGCUCUAUUGGAGGCAUUCACGAAGACUACCAGCUGCCGUAUUAUGACCUGGUGCAGUCAGAUCCAUCAGUGGAGGAAAUGAGGAAGGUGGUGUGUGAGCAGAAAUUACGACCCAACAUUCCUAACAGGUGGCAGAGCUGUGAGGCUCUGCGGGUGAUGGCUAAGAUCAUGAGGGAGUGCUGGUACGCUAACGGGGCGGCCCGCCUCACCGCCCUGCGGAUCAAGAAGACCCUGUCCCAGCUCAGCCAGCAGGAGGGCAUUAAAAUGUAGGCCGGAGAGCCGGAGGAGGCACUCACCUUAGCGUCUUAUUGAUUUUUUUUUUUUUUUUUUUUUUUUUUUUUGUCCUUUUUCUAUUUUUUUUCUUUUUUAAAUAUCUUUAUUAUAAAGGUCAUCGGUAUUGUUGUUAUUAUAAUCCGUGGUUAUUGCAUUACAACUCUAUGUCCUCCAAGAUGGAGUUGGAGACGUAGAGAGAGGACUUUGAGCACUAUGAAUGAAGGUUUGUUUGGACUUUUUUUUUCUUUUUUUCUUUUUAAACUCUGGCUUUGACUGAGACUGAGCUUGCCGCUGAAACCUCACUCUGGACUUGUGAGACUGAAGAAACUGAAGGACUCUUCUUUUUUUUUGGAGCCUCACGUCUAGACGAGCAUGCCGCGGUAAACCCGCGCCCGUUUUCGGUUGGAUCUCUUUUGCCUUUCUCCUCAUCUGUCCCGGAACUGGCUGAGAUGUUUUAUAUAUUGAGAGAAGCGGCAGACGCUGUUAGACAGUGAUUUAGGACUUUUGUGCAGGUCAUAACUCGCGGAGGCACCGUCGUGAAUUAAAUAUUCAUGCCAGUGUUUUCGGCUGUGGCUUCUGCUGCCGGUCAGGGCUGGGUUCACUGAGGAUCCGCUGAGAGAUGGAGUGAUUUCCUCCUCCUCCUCCUCCACUACCUUCUCCUCCUGACUUUGGUCAUUCAGUGGUCAGGUAGAUGUUAUAUAUGUAUAUUGUAUUUCUUUCAGUUUGCACCUUUUGUGUUUUCUCCUCCUCUCCUAGUCACUGUUUAUUUUUUAUAAUUAAGUUUUUAUUAAGUUUUUAUUAAGGGUUUUUUUUUUGUUUCGUUUUUUCGGCCAACAAACUGGACAUGACCUCAUUCAGUCUUGGCAAACAUGCUGCGACAUAUGCAAUAUAGAUAAAUCCUAUCUAUUUUCUAUCGUAAAACGUUCUGCUACUACUACAACAGUUCAACAGCUUCGAUGACAACCACGCCCUCCAAGCCAGGUGUUACCGGAAAGUGCCACUGCUUUAAACCGACCAUCCCUCAUCAUGUGGAUCGGUCCCUUCACUUGGCUGUCCGUUGAAACGUUGUAAUGUAAGGACGACGCUCGCAGAAGGACAGAGAAGGGUCCGCCACAGAGUUUCUGCCUCUCUUAUGCACACGUAGCGGACGCCGGCGGGGGCCGUCGCACACAAAACAACUUGCUGGUGCCAUUUUUCUUCCAUUAAUACAGUACAUCACCAACAUCAUGAUCAUCAUCAUAAUUGUUGUCAUUGUUGUCAUCAUCAUCAUAGUCUAAUUCUACGAUGCAGCAUUGAGGGACGUACUUUUCAGGUCAUCCUCAGUAAUGUAGACCACCGACCCUUGUCUCUUACGGGCGUGGUGAAUGCACAUUGGGGAUUGGCCGAGCGCCACGUCAUCCGCCUGCCCGUCCUCUACAGAGCAGUCGUACAGUUUUCUUUUUCUUUUUUUUCCCCUUACGAUUUUUCUAAAAGAGGAUGCUGCUGCAGGACCUGACCUGGCCACGCCGGCUCAUUCCCUCACCACCCCCUCAAAACGCAGACUGUUCUGUUCCCACCUGAAACAGUUUGUUAAGCGUAUUAUGAUGGACAGUUACUACAGGAUGAGUAAACCAAGCUACUCUCACAGACUCUCACAACAAACUGUCGCUUUAUGCGGAAGACUUAAAAAAAAAAAAAAAAAAACUAUGAAAACUAUACAAAAAUGAGCGCUCUGGUGCGCUCAUUCGGAUGUUUGGAGUCGAACACAUCAGCAUUACUCAAGUUGCCCUGUAAAGAAAUGUAUUUCUCGUGUUUUCAUGUAUUUCUCUUUUGUCUUACGUCCGUCUUUUGUUUGUUUUCAGUGUUUCAGCAAAGAUGGUGGGGUACAUUCUUUUUGAUUCUUUGAAAUAUAUAUAUAUAUAUAUAGCAAACAGGUUACAUUACUAAGCCAUAGAUCUUCCAACAUUUUAUGGCAACUUGUUGUGUAGAAUGUAAAAAGGAAAAAAAAAACACACACACACAAAUCCUGUUGACUGCUCCAAACCUCCAAUGAGCAAGCAAGCCUUAAGGGACCAAUAGAAUUGGGGUCGAUUUGUAAAAAAAAAAAAAAAAAAAAUUGGUGAUUGAUAUUUACAGGGAAGGACUGAAAUGUAGCACCAGAUCUAGCAUUUCUUUUCUAUUUCUGUGGAAGGAAUACUUUAUUGCCACACAAAUGAGCCUGCACUCUGAGACGCAAACCUGAAGCAUGAAAUUCAUGAAUAUUGCUUAAUGCAAACAUGUGCAUAUUGGGAUGAAAUUAUUGACUUAAUGAGAGAAUUGACUGUGGAAUACCAGCCUUUUUUAGUUACUGAAGAUACAGUGCUGGUUAAAGGAUGGUAUUAGACAGGACAAGACAAGAUUAACCUCAUCAAUUUGUUUUAUUAAUUAGUCUAAACUCAAUUUUCUUUUAGUUUGGUUCAGUUCGGUUUGGUUUGGCAGUUUAUGGUGAAUCGUAAGUAAAGAAAGUCCACUGACCAAGAUGGCUUCUGCAUAAGCAUGCAUGUUGACUGUAGGUAGAUUUCCUAAUAUGUCAUGUAAUAAUGCACAAGCCCUUCAAACCUUCAACCAAACAUUAAGCUAAACAACGAAAGAAGAAAAGAAGCACGGUUAUUAAUUCAGCAAUAACAACGAAAACGUGUUCAUGUUUAUUGGUGUGGCAAUAGGGUGUUAAUCUGUCUCGCAUCUUUCCAGUGCUCACAUACUCAUGGAUUGAUGGAUUGUAUCCUAAAACAACCUGCGAGACCUCUGUCUAUGUGUGCUCAGCUUGUUCCGUUAUCAGGCUUCAAAACAAGCAUUUGAUGAACUGCAGUGUGCUUACAGAGUGAAACCCCAUUCCUGAACACUCUUCUUCAUUCCAUGGUCCUUCUCGACCUGCACAGGCUAACCUUUCAUCUUUCUUUUCAUGUGUCAAAUUCAGAUUCUGCUCAUAAUUAAGCUUGGAAGCUUUCGUCAGGUGCCGUACCUGGUGGUGUUUUGUCUGUUACUCUGCUCUGCCUUACACUCUUACAAAUGAAGGUGCUCCAAAUGGUUCUGGUGUGAGAGAUGCUGUAGAAGAACCAUAUUUUUCUUAAGUUCUUAAGAACCAGUGUACCCAGUUUUUGCUAAGAGUAUGAUAUUCACCAAUUCAACCAUAAGAAACUGUUCUUUGGGCAGAUAUUUAUACUCUUUUGGUUCCCAAAUUUGGUCUGACCAAAGUUGGAAUUCAAUUUAACUAUAGAUGAGGCUCUAAGUGGUCCAGCAGAUAGCCGUUUUAAUUCAUGCUGCUUCGCCAUCAGCAGCCAGUGUCAGAGAGAGCACAAUUGGCACAAUUGCUCUUUCUAGGAUAGUAGAUGGUGAGGGAAGGUGCUCUCUCCCCUCAUCACUCCUGGUGUGGUCAGUAUAGGUGACUGUUAGUUGAUGUGUCAUCUUCCUCCUCGUAGUGUUGGGAGCAUUACUCAUGACUAGUGAUGAGUGUGUUGGGUAACUCGCAAUCCAAAUUAAUAAUUAACAAUAGCGGAGGAUUAAUUACCGAUGUUCUGAUAAAAUUCGAAUCCAAUGCAAUAGCUUGUGCAACUAUAAAAAAAACUAAAAGGCACCUGGCAAAACAACUUGCAAAAUCCAAACUAACUGGACCAAAUAUACAGCUCAAGAAAAAAAGAAGAGACCACUUAAAAUGACGAGUUUCUUUGAUUUUACCAAAUUGAAAACCACUGGAGUAUAAUCAAGAGGAAGAUGGAUGAUCACAAGCCAUCAAACUAAGCUGAACUGCUUGAAUUUUUGCACCAGGAGUAAAGGCAUAAAGUUAUCCAAAAGCAGUGUGUAAGACUGGUGGAGGAGAGCAUGCCAAGAUGCAUGAAAACUGUGAUUAUAUAGAAAAGAACAGUGAUCAUUUUACUUAAUCAUAUACCAAUAAAUAAAUCCAGAACUGUAAAUGUAACAAAGAUGUAAAUCUUGUUGUGGUCUGGAUUUUCAGGUGUUAAAUUGCCUUAGGUCUUAAGGUUUUUUUCAGUUUACAAAGAAUCAUACAAUUCUGCAGAUUAUAAACAACAAGAAUCUGACCAACUUUAUUAGAAAGUAUUUGAUGAAUGAGCUCAAUAAUGGUUCUUGGUUCUAUAAAAUAAAAAAAAGUAGAGUGGUUGUUCUAUAGCAUUUCUCAAAACCCCAUUUUAAGCACUUUUAUUUUGAUGAGUGUAAGAUAGGUUUACUUAUAGUGGAGCCCAUGUGGAGUGUUUUUCUACACCAACCGAGCUAAAGACAUGGAUCACGUGUAUGAUCCCCAUUCCAGGUCUUAUGAAUCAGUGCUGUUGGGUCAGUCACUGACGCACGCAAUGAAUGAUUAUUGUUAUUAUUAUUAUUAUUAUUAUUAUUAUUAUUAUUAUUAUUAUUACUUUUAUUAUUCUGUUUCAGGCCAGAAGGCACAGCUAACCUUCUGUUGUUGCUCCAGUGCAGUGAUCUUUAUUGUCUACUUCUGUUUUGUCGCACAUGAUUUCUGUUACGUGCUACUCGAGAAAAUGUACAAAUGAGUAUGUAUAAAUAUGUACAUUGUAAAUAGAUAUCUGCGUAUAUUUAUACACAGGCAGCAUAUGAGAAUAUUAUGGCCACCUUCAUGUUUUUACAUGAGUUGACUGUUUUGUCAGCUACACUGAGAAUGUAGGAGCAUUUUUUUGUAGUCCUAUAAUUAGAGACUGUAGUCCUGUGUUUCUCUGCAUACUUUAUUAAUUAUCUAUUAAUUAUCUUUUUUCCUGUCUCCUUGUUCUUUAAUGGUUAGGACCACACAGAUAUUUUUAAUGGGUGUGUUGUGCUGGUACGAGUGGAUCAGACUCAGCAGUGCUGCUGGUGUUCUUAAACACUGUCAUUGUCUUUAUUGGUCCUGUGUGGUCCUGGCCAUUAAAGAACAGGGUGAAAGAAGUAUAAUACUACUGUCUGUAAUUCUAGAACGACAAAAAGCUCUUAUAUCCUCAGUGGAGCUGAUAAAAAGUGGACAAUUAGUGUAGAAACUACAAGACGAUGCUCAAAACAUUCUGAUAUGACUGUGUAUAUGCAUAUGUAUGUAUGUAUGUAUGUAACUUGUCUGUUAGCCUUGUGGCCCUACGCCAUGUACAGUUGGUCAAAAGAACCUGGACAUUAUAAAGGUGAAAGUUAACCCAAUUCUGGUGCCAGGCAGUGCGCAUCACCACUAGAGAGUAUGACGAGCUAAAGUGGAUAGGAAACAAAAAAAAUAAUAAUAAAAAAAGGAAAAGAGGAAAAGAAGACAAGAGUACCUUGGAGAGAAUGGGGAAUGGGAGCUUAAAUCGUACUUUCUGGGACAAACUAUUUUUUCUACGACAACUUUUCCGUCUCCGCUCUCAUGCCACUGCAGCUGUUACUGGGCCAACGUUCAUCUUUGUCUGACACAUUUCUGUCUUAAAUCACCAGCAGCCUUUUUCUUUUUUUCGUUCCAAAAUUCAGUGGUGACCUACUUAGCCGCAAAACAUGCAUAUCCAGGUAUUCCUCACAGUGACAUGCAGGUAUACUCUCGGCCUCGGCGGCCGAAAAACCGCACCAGCUAUGACUUAACAGAAAAAAACCAUACCGCUGCACCUCUGGUUCCAUGCAAGCAGGGCGAAACUGAGGAUUUGGUCGGAUGUAAGGAAGGGAACGGCGUACCUUCGAGACGUCCCUUUCCUGGUCUGGUUCUCUCAGUCUCGCCCCUCCCCUUCUUCCCUAUGUUGCCAAUUUUCCUCUCGAUGUCACCGACUUCUGUGCCUCCUCCUAACUCAUCUGCACCCGUGGACAUGGGCGAGAAUACAUUCAUACCGGGAGAUUGUAUUAUCAGAUUAUUAGAUUAUGUUGGUAGGUUCCGAUAGACCGCGGCCGUGUUGUUCAGUAGCCAGUGCAGGUGACGGAGAGGUCAUUUCAAGUCCCCUUAACCAUGUGACCCAGACUCCAGCAAGCCCUCGGCUUUGUUAAAACAUCGACGGAAAAAAAAUAACGAACUGCUCUGUGUGCUUUUAUGUCCUUGUUUCUGUUCCAGAACGUUCGCACACACACACAAAAAAAAGCAAAAGCCCAGUCCGUGGCUAUUGUGUGUGUGUGCGGUCUAAUUGAGGAGACGCAGACGUCUUGCCUGAACCGGGACGACGUGAAUGUAAACCUGCUCAACAUUCCCGCAGUGCGCCGCUAAUUACAGCACAACUCACAGUGUGAUUUCAAUAAAGGUCAUGCAUACGUACGCCAGUCAAGUGCAUCAACAGAAAAAACACACGGGUCUUUACACUUAGUUAUGCAAAUUUGUAUGGCGACACAGUCCUCAGGCUUUCCGCUGGCAACCGCCAAGUUAUUUAUUGCAGUUCAAUUAUCACGUAUCUAUGCCAACAUCCGGACACUGUGAGGAAGACCCUGGAGAGACGGUGACCCGGUAGCACCAAAAAAAAAAGAAGCAAAACAUGACCAGAUACGGAUCUCAGAGAAAACAGACGGAAGAAAAAAAAAAAACACGGCGAGGAGUUCGGAAGCAGGAGUCUGGGUCACUGAAGAGAAGGACUGGGAAGCAAACCAAGGUGCUUUUCACUCGGUCAACGUGUGUGUGAGAGAUUCUGUGUGUGUGUGUGUGAGAGAGAGAGAUUGUGUGUGUGUGUAUGUAUGUGUGUGUUUGUAAGAGAGAGAGAGAGACUGCUGAUUGUGGGUACGUUGUGGAAAGGUAGAAGAAAGCUUUAUCAAGUUUUAUUUGGUGCCUAAGUUUGACUAUAUUCUACGUUGUUGUUGUUGUUGUUGUUAUUUUUGUUUAUUCAUGUUUUUUUUUAUAUUCCACUUAGAAUGAUGCACUGCAUGAGACUGAUUUCUAAUGUUUGCAUCAUUUGCUUUUUAAAGAAAUGAUUAAAAGUAAGAAAAAAAAUAUGAAAUGUUUAAUUAAUAAGUUUUAAAAAGGUCAGAAAAAAAAGAAAUCCAGAGAAAAAAAAUAUACCUCCUCUGAAGACCAAUGUGUUUUUACCUCAGUGUAUAUAUUCUAUUUGUUUACUUAAAAAGUUUGCAAUUUUGUUUCUAUGAAAUGCUAAAUUGAAGAAUUUCACAUUUUGUUUCAAUGGUACUUUAAUGUGGCAUUGUGUUGUUUCUCGUGUCCAAACGGAAUUUUUUUUCUUUGAACCAUAAUCUGUAUUUCUCUUUUUUUUGGUUCUGUCCGAGUUGUAAGUGCUUUACAGACAUCAAACUAUGUCCUUUUAAUGCCUCUUUCUCAACUAUGUAGAAAAAAAAUGCCUUGUGUACCUUUUUUUCUAAAAAAAUAAGAAAAAAUAACUAACAAAAAAAAGACGAGAAAACGGAAGGAUAAAGUGAUGGCCGGUGGUCAGUAGUGAAUUGGUGGCUGAGAGAGCUCUCUCUCGUGUGGGGGGAUACUGCUCUGUACCCCCACUUGAUUUCUAAAGCAUUAUGUAUAGACUUUUUUUUAUAGUGUGUACAGAAGUACAAACGAACAACCAUAGGAACAUAGGGGAGUGACGCUGAUGUGCCAUUCUAACAUAGUGGACUAGAAAUGGGUGUGAAUAAAAAGAAAAAAAAAUGUUCAACUUU